AGAGUAAACUGAAUGAUGAAAGUGGUCCUCUCUCUUCUCUUCUUCCUCCUCCUUUCUUCACACCGUUAAUUCCGGGGCCUUUACUUUCUCUCUCUAAAUCCACUUUCUCUCUCUAUUACUCACUCUUUUCACUCUCAAUUUCAGAUUUUGAUUCUGAUUCUCAUUCUAAGUAAGUGUGUGGUGCUAAAUGGCUCCAUGAUUUCUUUGCUGGCAAAAUGAGAUUCUUGGUUAACAAAACUUCUAAUAUUAAGUAGUCAGUUAAAUAGCGUAUGUAACACAGUGGGAUUAAGCUCUUUAUAAAAUGGAUAGUUGCUGGUUCCAUAAGUUCAAGUCAAAGGACAAAAUGCAUUCUUCAAAAAACAAGGAAACUGCAGGUGUUGCAAAAGAAAGGUCAAAGCCCCCAACAAAUGAAGAAGCUCCUUCAAAUGUCACCAAACAGAAGGUUGAAGCUGCAAAGCAGUACAUAGAAAACCAUUAUAAGAAGCAGAUGAAGGACUUGCAGGAUAGAAAAGAACGCCGUAAUAUGCUAGAAAAAAAGCUGGCUGAUUCUGAAGUCUCUGAGGAAGAGCAGAACAACCUGCUUAAGUAUUUUGAGAAAAAGGAGAGGGAAUACAUGCGACUUCAGAGGCAUAAGAUGGGGGCUGAUGAUUUUGAGCUUCUCACCAUGAUAGGGAAGGGUGCAUUUGGAGAGGUCAGGAUCUGCCGAGAGAAGGCAACUGGUAAUGUAUAUGCUAUGAAGAAGCUUAAAAAAUCAGAGAUGCUUCGCCGAGGCCAGGUUGAACAUGUAAAAGCAGAGAGGAACCUACUUGCAGAAGUUGACAGCAAUUACAUUGUAAAGCUUUACUGUUCCUUUCAAGACGAACAUUAUUUAUAUCUUAUAAUGGAGUAUCUUCCUGGUGGCGAUAUGAUGACAUUGCUCAUGCGGAAGGAUAUACUGACUGACUAUGAGGCCAAGUUCUAUGUUGGGGAGACUAUCCUAGCAAUAGAGUCGAUUCAUAAACAUAAUUAUGUUCACAGAGAUAUCAAGCCUGAUAACUUGCUGCUAGAUAGAAACGGUCACAUGAAAUUAUCAGACUUUGGAUUAUGUAAACCACUAGACUGCAGUAAUCUUCAGGAAAAAGACUUCUCUACAGGAAUCAACAGAAGUGGAGCCCUUCAGAGCAAUGGACAACCUGCGGCUCCUAAAAGGACUCAGCAGGAGCAACUGCAGCAUUGGCAGAAAAAUAGGCGAAUGCUUGCCUAUUCUACAGUAGGAACACCUGACUAUAUUGCUCCUGAAGUUCUACUGAAAAAAGGAUAUGGCCUGGAAUGUGAUUGGUGGUCAUUGGGAGCUAUAAUGUAUGAAAUGUUGGUGGGAUAUCCACCUUUUUAUUCAGAUGAACCAAUGUUGACUUGUAGAAAGAUAGUAAAUUGGAGAACAUAUUUGAAAUUUCCAGAAGAAGCUAAACUAUCACCGGAGGCAAAGGAUCUUAUUUGUAGACUUCUGUGUAAUGUUGAACAGAGGCUUGGAACCAAAGGGGCUGAUGAAAUAAAGGCUCACCCAUGGUUCAAAGGUGUUGAAUGGGAUAAAUUGUACCAAAUGAGAGCUGCUUUUAUUCCUGAGGUCAAUGAUGAAUUAGAUACUCAAAAUUUUGAGAAAUUUGAUGAGGUGGACAGCCAAUCUCAACCUUCUUCAAAGUCAGGUCCAUGGAGAAAGAUGCUGUCAUCUAAGGAUGUUAACUUUGUUGGCUACACAUACAAGAACUAUGAAAUCGUGAAUGAUGAUCAUCUACCUGGAAUGGCUGAAUUGAAGAAGAAGAGCACAAAACCUAAACGGCCAUCUAUUAAGACCUUGUUUGAUGAUGAUUCAGCUACAACUGCUAAUCAACCUGUCCAAGGAAGCUACUCAACAGGAAGUUCCCGAGAAGUGUGAAUAUUCACAGUGAUAGAAAGUAGAAACCAAAAAUACUUUACAAGUUCUAUAGAUGGAUGAGUAAAUGCAAAGUUAAAUACUGACUGUUUUACUCUUUCUUACAUUCUUUUGUUAUUUAUGGGAGGGGAAGCCUCUAAAACUUUGGUUUUGGGUUGAGUGGAGUAUUUUAUGUGUAGAAAAAUCUCUAGGUAUAUGUUUUUUGUACAUUUUUGGUUGGUGGUGUUUUCUUUUGUUCACCAUUUUUCUAAGCUGCAAUCUGAUAAGUGUCUAAGUUAUUAUAUCUUGUAAUUAAGUCACUGCUUAAGUGCUGAAAAGAAUGUGAUAUCCAUCACAUUCUUUAACAGAUUACUUAAUCUGUAAGGUUGCUUUUUAUAUCUUACGUGAAAAAGAAAAUGUUGCUUUCA